AUUUUAGACAUGGUCAGAUUGUAACUCCUUUGCUUUUUAAGAAAUGUCAUCAAUCGAGCGUAAAGUAUUGUGGAAGAGGAAGAUUGAAGGGAAAUGUAAUACACAGCUAUUUCGUGAUAUAGUAAAUCGGAAAUAUGGCCUUUCUCUCAGAAACUACCCAGAACUUUACCAAUGGUCUAUUGACAACUACGACUUGUUUUGGGAGCAGGUCUUUCACUUUGGUGGGAUCAAAUGUUCAAAACUCUAUGAUCAGGUUGUCGACAAAUCAGUGAAGAUGGCCAAUGUUCCAGAGUGGUUCAGAGGCUGUCGGAUGAACUUUGCAGAGAACCUGCUCAAGUUCAGGGACAACAAAACAGCACUUAUUUGCACUGGAGAAGCAAAACAGCCACACCGUGUGACAUAUGCAGAGCUCUACAGGAGAACAGCGGUUCUAGCUGCUGCUUUCAAACGAGCUGGCAUCAAAAAAGGAGAUUGCAUUGCAGGCUACUUGCCAAACGACGAGUUAGCAGUGGAGGCAAUGUUAGCUGCUUCAUCUAUCGGAGCUAUUUGGAGUUCAACCUCCCCGGACUUUGGAGUAACAGGCGUGGUCGGAAGGUUCAGUCAGGUUAACCCGAAGAUACUGUUUGCUGUUGACGCAGUUAUGUACAAUGGUAAAAGACACGAUCAGUUGGAGAAGUUAAAGAAGAUUGUUAAUGCGUUGCCAAAUUGCAACUACGUCGUCGUGCAACCAAACUCGUCAGAAAAGGUAGACCUAUCAGAGAUCCCUAGAAGUUGCCUGCUAUCUGACUUCCUCUCCGGAUUCAGUGAGAUUGAUAACAUCUCAUUUGAGCAGCUUCCCUUCAACCACCCCAUGUACCUUAUGUUCAGCAGUGGGACUACUGGACCUCCUAAAUGCAUGGUUCACAGCACAGGGGGUACACUGAUCCAGCACUUAAAAGAGCUGGUGCUACAAAGUGACUUGAACAGAGACGAUGUUCUCUUUUACUACACCACAACAGGGUGGAUGAUGUGGAACUGGCUGAUCAGUGGACUUGCUGCAGGAUGCGCUAUAGUGCUGUAUGACGGUUCACCCUUUCUUCCAACUUGUACACAUCUCUGGGAUCUUACUGAUCAGCUCAAGAUCUCUAUAUUCGGAACCAGUCCAAAAUGGCUCCAAGCUUGUGAGGAGAAGACCAUGUGUCCAAGAGCCACACACGAUCUCAGUUCGCUCCGGGCAAUGUUGUCAACAGGAGCUCCACUGGCUCCUCGCCAAUACGACUACGUUUACAACAACAUCAAACAGCACAUACAACUUGCUUCCAUUGCUGGUGGUACAGACAUUAUAUCCUGUUUCUCUGGUUCGGUAGCCGAGGUGCCCGUUCACAGGGGUCAACUACAGUAUAGGAACCUCGGAAUGGCUGUCUAUGCUUACGAUGACAACGGUAAGGAAGUGUAUGAUACAGAUGGGGAGCUAGUGUGUGUUAAACCCUUCCCUUCCAUGCCAAUCUACUUCGGUAAUGACCCGGACGGAGCCAAGUACAGAAAAGCUUACUUUGACAAAUAUGACGGUGUUUGGUCACACGGGGACUUCGUUACAAUUGACAGUGUAACAGGAGGACUGAUUAUGAACGGCAGAUCUGAUGGUACUCUCAAUCCUGGUGGUGUCAGAUUUGGGAGCGCAGAGAUCUACAACGUCAUGGACUCAUUUUCCAACAAGGUUACAGACAGUCUUUGUGUGGGACAAAAACUCAAGGAUGACGAGAGGGUCGUGCUGUUUGUGAAGAUGGCAGAUGGCCAGAAGUUUACUGAGGAGCUGAUGAAAGAGAUAAAAGUAACGAUCAGGUCAAAACUCACAGCCAGACAUGUCCCCGCGGUUAUACUGGAAACGACUGAUAUUCCGUAUACAAUAAACGGCAAAAAAGUUGAAGUAGCAGUAAAAAAGAUCGUGAGCGGUGAAAAGGUUGGAUCCUCAGGCGCUCUCAGAAACCCAGAAGCUCUCGACCUCUACAGGAACAUCCCGCAAUUGAAAUUUUAAUCUUUGAACUUUCAGACCUUCGUUAAUUUAUUAGAGCAAAGAUAUAGAAUUUCGUUCAUCUGAAAAUACAGUUACGUUUAAUAUUCUAGGGAAUUUUGGUGAGCUUAAGUUUGAAUUUUCAGAGUAUGAUAAAUCUUCUGAAUUUGUUGUCUGAUGCCGGUUGACCUGAAAUGCACGUUUUCACAGUACACAGUAAACCCUUUUUGUUUAAAUAUAUGAUUUCCCGAUUCUCCACCCAAUUGAAUCGUUAAAAAAAGAAUCGCUUAAGGUCAAUGCUCAUUUAGUCCUGCAACCAAUAGUUCAUUAUCUAGAUAGUUGUUUUACUUGCCUAGCUUGCUAGUCUAUUGCUCGAUUCGCUCGCCUGUGCAAAAUCUUGAAAAGAGCGCCGUGCAUAGGGAGUGGCAUGCUAAUUUAUAAUGGGUUUUACUGAAAUCUUGUUUUACUUUUUUGCAGUUUAUUAGAAUAUUUCAGUGAGUUUAUACGAAUAUAUUAUGUCAGUACGAGUUAUAAAUGAUAAAUUUCGAAAAUAUACAUUCUGAUACUUAACUAAGUUUACCCAAUUACCUAUUAUC